AUGACAUUAGAGGUCAGAAAUAUUUCCCACACAGUGAGUGAGUUCAUCCUUCUGGGCUUCCCUUGUCGCUGGGAAAUACAGAUAUUUCUAUUCUCCAUCUUCUCUGUGACUUAUGUCCUGACACUCCUUGGAAACAUGGCCAUCGUGUGUGCAGUACGCUGGGACCGCCAACUCCACACCCCCAUGUACAUUCUUCUGGCCAAUUUCUCCUUCCUGGAGAUAUGUUAUGUCAACUCAGAUGUGCCCAACAUGCUUGCUAACUUCCUCUCCAAGACCAAAACCAUAUCCUUUGCUCAGUGCCUCCUGCAGUUGUACUUCUUCUUCUCAUUGGGCACAACUGAGUGCUUGUUUCUGUCCAUCAUGGCCUAUGACCGGUUCUUGGCCAUCUGCCGCCCCCUGCACUACCCCACUAUCAUGACUAUGAGGUUCUGUAGCAGCCUGGUCAUAUUUUGCUGGGUGUAUGGUUUCCUCUGGUUUUUGAUCCCAGUGAUCCUCGUUACCCAGCUACCAUUCUGUGGCCCAAAUGUGAUUGACGACUUUCUGUGUGAUCUGGGUCCUCUGUUGGCCCUGGCUUCAGCCUGUGUGCCUAUCCCAGGAACUGUUCUUAUAUGUGGCACUAUGAGCUCUCUACUCAUUUUUGCCACUUUUUUCUACAUUACUGGUUCCUACACUCUAGUACUGAGGGCUGUAGUACAGGUGCCCUCUGUGGCUGGUCGGAAAAAAGCCUUCUCCACCUGUUCCUCACAUCUGGCUGUCGUCUUUCUCUUCUAUGGCUCUGUAAUGAUGACAUAUGUGAGUCCAGGGUCUGGACAAGCAGAGGGCAUGCAGAAAUUCACAACUCUGUUCUACUCAGUUUUAACACCUCUUUUUAACCCCAUGAUAUACAGCCUCCGAAAUAAAGAAAUGAAGGAUGCCUUAAAGAAAGUUUUAGGAGUAUCUUAA